UGUCAUUUGACCAUCGGCCACCAAAUGACCAAGCGGGCUGCGAGCACCUACCCCCAUGGCCGGGAUCGAGCUCAUUAUAUCGUCAAUAUGUAACGCCACGUUUUGCAAUGCCGUAUACGACAACCCGAUUACAGAUUCCCAGUUGACCAGGAAGCAGAUGGUAUACAAUGACUUGGCUAAGCAAAUUAAUGGGAAGAAUCUUAAAAUCGCGACAUACAAUAACUAUCCACUAAGCUGGGUGGAGAGGUCCGCAAAUGGAACACUAUAUGGCUAUGGUAUAGCUUUUGACAUCGUUGAAAUACUCAAGAAAAAAUUUAAUUUCACAUAUGACGUUGUUGUCCCGGAAAAGAAUUAUGAAAUAGGAGGCACAAAACCCGAGGAAUCA